GCUAUGGCGGAAACUAGGGUUUGGAGCUUUACGGUGUAACCGCUAGGCGCUGGACUAUUAGGGUUAUAGGAUCCGGCGAUCGGCGCCUCGGGCAGCGCGACGUGUCGAUCGGUAGUCUCAUGAAUUCGCGAGCUCAAGGAAGAGCUCAGGAUUCCAGGCACUCUCCGAUGGCGAUGGCGGCGAAGUCACCGUUUCCAGCUUGGAGCAGAAGCGUAGAAAGGUGCGUAGAUGAGUACAGCACCGAUCUGGCGCAUGGAUUGAGCAAGAGCUCGGUGGAGAAGAGGCGGGAGCUCUAUGGCUGGAACGAGCUCGAGAAGGAGAACGGCAAGCCAAUGUGGAAGCUUGUCCUAGAACAGUUUGACGAUAUGCUGGUGAAGAUCCUUUUGGUGGCCGCGGUGCUCUCCUUCUUCCUCACUUACUUGGACGGCCAGAAGAGCGGUGAGUCGGACUUGACAGCGUACGUGGAGCCGCUCGUGAUCUUCCUCAUCCUCAUCAUCAACGCGGUAGUCGGGGUGUGGCAAGAGACCAACGCCGAGAGCGCGCUGGAGGCGCUCAAGGAGAUGCAACCAGAGCACGCCAAAGUUCUUCGCGAUGGUCACUGGAUCCCCGACUUGGCAGCCAGGGAGCUCGUCCCUGGCGACGUUGUGGAGCUCAGAGUUGGCGACAAGGUACCGGCGGACACGAGGAUCGCGGUUCUCAGGACUUCGACUCUUCGAGUGGAACAGAGCUCUCUCACGGGUGAGAGCGCUGCGGUGGUCAAGAGCACACAGGCGGUGGAGCUGGCCGACGUCGAGCUCCAAGCGAAAGAGUGCAUGGUUUUCUCUGGGACGACCAUUGUCAAUGGCUGCUGCGUCGGGGUGGUGGUCUCCACGGGCAUGUUUACGGAGAUUGGAAAGAUCCAGGCACAGAUCCAAGAGGCCUCCAUGCAAGACGAUGACACGCCGCUCAAGAAGAAGCUGGAUGAGUUCGGUGAGCGCCUCACGGUGGUCAUCGGUGUGAUUUGCUUACUGGUAUGGAUUAUCAACUACAAGUACUUCCUGACGUGGGAUUACGCUGAUGGCUGGCCGACGAACGUCAGGUUCUCCUUUGAGAAGUGCACGUAUUACUUCGAGAUCGCGGUGGCACUGGCGGUGGCUGCCAUUCCCGAGGGCCUCCCGGCGGUGAUCACGACGUGCCUGGCUCUGGGAACUAGGAAGAUGGCACAGAAAAACGCGAUAGUUCGCAAGCUUCCGAGCGUGGAGACGCUCGGUUGUACCACCGUUAUAUGUUCUGAUAAGACGGGGACGCUGACGACUAACCAGAUGUCCGUGAUGGAGCUCGUGGGGAGUGGAAUCCACCCGGCUGACAUGGAGGAGUUUAGAGUGGAGGGAACGACGUAUAACCCGGGAGAUGGAGGCAUCACGGGCUACACUCCAGGGAUGAUGAGCAAGAAUCUACAGUCCCUUGCAGAGAUAGCGGCCGUCUGCAAUGACGCGGGGAUUAUGUGCAAGGGGAACCAGUUUCGUGCCACGGGCUUGCCAACUGAAGCUGCUCUAAAGGUUUUGGUUGAGAAGAUGAAGCUUCCACACAACUAUAAUUCUGAUUAUCAGAACCACAUUGUGGACCAUUCUGUGGUUGAAUUGAGCUGCUGCGACUGGUGGAAUUCUCGCUCAACAGUAUUGGCUUCGCUUGAGUUCGACCGGUCUCGCAAAUCUAUGAGUGUUAUUGCCCAUACUUCUGGAAAGAAUCGUCUUCUUGUUAAGGGCGCUGUAGAAAAUUUGCUGGAAAGGAGUUCGUAUCUGCAACUCAAAGAUGGCUCCAUUGUCAGCCUCGACUCGAAUUCACGUGGCGCAUGGAUAAAAAAACUGGACUCGAUGAGCUCCAAAGCCUUGCGAUGCCUGGGUUUUGCAUACAAGGAUAAUCUUGGUGAUUUUUCUAGCUACAAUGGUGCGACUCACCCUGCUCAUGUAGUGCUUCAAGAUCCUGCAAACUACCCGGAUAUUGAAAGCGAUCUUAUUUUCGUUGGGAUGGUUGGCUUGCGGGAUCCCCCUCGUGGGGAAGUUAAGGCUGCCAUCGAGGAUUGUAAAGAAGCUGGCAUUCAGGUUAUGGUCAUUACUGGUGACAACAAAAAGACGGCAGAAGCAAUCUGCCGCGACAUCGGGAUUUUCUAUUCAGGUGAAAAUCUAAGUGGGAAAAGUUUCACGGGAAGAGACUUUUUAUCCCUUCCUGAUGAUCAACGACGCAAAGUCCUCUCCGGAAAAGGCGGCCGUGUGUUUUCUCGUGCCGAGCCCAGACACAAGCAAGAAAUUGUGCGCAUGCUGAAGGAAGCUGGCGAAGUAGUGGCUAUGACUGGCGACGGUGUGAAUGAUGCUCCGGCCUUGAAGUUCGCCGAUAUCGGCAUUGCAAUGGGAAUAACUGGAACUGAGGUUGCCAAGGAGGCCGCAGACAUGGUUCUCGCUGACGAUAACUUCAGCACGAUUGUGAGUGCCGUUGCCGAAGGAAGAUCGAUUUACAGCAACAUGAAAGCAUUCAUCAGAUACAUGAUCUCUUCCAACAUUGGCGAGGUCGCUUCCAUAUUUUUGACGGCUGCUGUUGGCAUGCCGGAAGGAUUAACUCCCGUGCAACUGCUGUGGGUUAAUCUCGUCACCGAUGGACCGCCCGCUACAGCUCUCGGAUUCAAUCCCCCUGACGUGGACAUCAUGAGAAAGCCUCCCCGUAGAAGCGACGACAAACUCAUCAACUCCUGGGUGUUUUUCCGAUACAUGGUGAUCGGCCUCUACGUCGGACUGGCAACAGUGGGGAUCUUCGCGCUGUGGUACACACACGGCUCCUUUCUGGGGCUGGAUAUCUCCGGGGAUGGACACACACUCGUGACGUUCUCGCAGCUAACCAGCUGGGGGGAGUGCCCGUCGUGGCAAGGCUUCGAGGUGGCUCCAUUCGCGGCGGGGUCACAGGUGUUCUCGUUCGACAAGAACCCGUGCGACUACUUCACCGACGGGAAGGUGAAGGCGUCGACGCUCUCACUGUCGGUGCUGGUGGCGAUCGAGAUGUUCAACUCGCUCAACGCGCUGUCCGAGGACGGGAGCUUGCUGGUGAUGCCGCCGUGGGUGAACCCGUGGCUGCUCCUGGCCAUGUCGGUGUCGUUUGGCCUCCACUUUCUCAUCCUCUACGUGCCGUUUCUGGCCAACAUUUUUGGCAUCGUGCCGCUCAGCUUCAACGAGUGGCUGCUGGUGAUCAUCGUCUCCUUUCCCGUCAUUCUCAUCGACGAGCUGCUCAAGUUUGUGGGCCGAAGGAUGUCGGCAGCCGAACGAAGGCAACGAAAGUCGAAAGCAGAGUGAAAAGGAAAAAUUAUGAUUCUUUUUCUUUCUCCCCCAGAAAUUUUUUCUAGUAAUAACCCAUAUAGAUUUAACGAUUAGAGCUUUUUUCAAACAUUUGGCUUUAUUUAUAUAAACUAACUAAAAUCUUAAUCCAUGUAGGUUUAUAUUUAAUUUACAGUAGAUUUUUUAAUAUGUGGAGUAUUGCAACUUAAAUUA